UUAUAAAUACCAAAAACAAAAUCGAACAUAAGUAACACCAAGUCAAAGCACAAAAUUGAAAGAAUUUUUUUGAUCAUCUUACGGAAAAUAUGAUCCAUAAUUGCAGUAACAGAAUGUGUAGUCACAGCCGUGAGCUGCCCCUGCACGUAGCUCUUUUUCCCUUCAUGUCUCAUAGCCAUAUGAUGGCAACUAUAGACAUAGCCAAACUGUUUGCUUCACGAGGUUCAAAAGUAACACUUAUUACUACCUCUUCCAAUUCUCCUCUUUUUUACAAAUCAAUCUACAAAAGCCAAGAAAAGGGUCACCGGAUCGCACUUCACAUCAUCGAAUUCCCUUCAUCGGAAAUUGGAUUGCCAGAAGGAUGUGAGACUCUUAACUUUGUUAAGCCCCCUGAAUUAAAGGAAAGAUUUCUAAAGGUGAUUCCUUUGCUAGAGAAACCAAUCGAUGAGUUCCUUCAAAAGCAUCGUCCUAAUGUUCUUGUGGCUGACACUUGCUUUCCAUGGGCUAACAAUCUUGCUGCUAAACACGGGAUUCCAAGGCUGCUGUUCCAUGGAACAUGUACUUUCGCUAUAUGUGCUUCCCUAUGUAUCAAUUCCUUUACGCCUCACAAGAAAGUCUCGUCAGAAUCCGAGUCCUUCGUCACACCUAGUCUUCCAGGAAAUAUCGAGUUGUCGAGGAAUCAGCUGCCGAGUUUCAUGAAGCUAGAAGAUGACGAAACAGAGAUUGCUAGAGUGUUCAGAGCUUCCGCAGAUUCAGACUCCAAAUGCUAUGGGGUUAUAGUGAACAGCUUUUACGAGCUUGAGCCAGCUUAUUCAGAUUUCUACAGGAACGUUCUUGGAAGAAAGACUUGGAAUAUGGGCCCAGUCUCCCUCUGCAACGGCGACUCUGAAGUAAAAGCAAACAGGGGAAGCCGAGUUUCAGCUUCAGACAUCAACCUUGAAUGCCUUCAGUGGCUAGACCACAAGGAAACACACUCAGUAAUAUACAUAUGUUUUGGAAGCACCACAACGUUCACGAACGAACAAUUAAAGGAGGUAGCUUUGGGUCUGGAGGCAUCAGGGGUGGAAUUUAUCUGGGUGAUAAAUAAAAACAAGGAAGACGACGACGCAGGAAAGGAACAAUGGCUGCCAGAAGGAUUCGAGAACAGAACGAAAGAGAAGGGACUGAUUCUGAGAAAUUGGGCUCCCCAGUUGCUGAUUCUUGAUCACAAAGCAGUGGGAGCGUUUGUGACACACUGUGGAUGGAACUCAGUGAUGGAAGCUGUGGCUGCCGGUGUACCUAUGGUGACUUGGCCGGUGGGGGCAGAGCAGUUUUUCAACGAGAAGUUGGUGACUCAGGUUCUGAAGAUUGGCGUUGGUGUUGGGGUUCAAAAGUGGGUUCGAUGGGUUGGAGAUAGUGUGAAGCAUGAAGCCAUAGAGAGAGCAGUGAGGAAGGUUAUGGUUGGAGAGGAAGCAACAGAGAUGAGAAUUAGGGCGGGAGGUUUUGCUGAGAAGGCAAGAGAAGCUGUUGCAGAAGGGGGAUCAUCUCACAGCGAUUUAAGUUCUUUGAUUGAGGAGCUUCUCUCUCUCAAUUCUUAGAGAGAUAUAGAUGCUGCGGAUUUUGAUCCAGCAUAUCCCAGUUGAAUCUUCUCUCAGAAAAAUAUGUUUCAUCAUGCCUUCUAUGAAUCAGAUUGGUACAUGCAUCUUUUUUUGAAUCUUUUUUUAGAGGAUUACAUCUUUUUUUCCUUUUGUUUAUUUAGUUGUCAUGUGUGUAUUAUCAAAUGAUCUCAUCAUCAGAAAAACAGAAACUUUAGAGAAAUUUCAUUUGAAAUUUGAAUGUAUUUUUCUCCACUGUCACUGUACUGUAACUGCACUGCCAAGUAACUACUGCUAAAUCAACAAUUCAAUAUAAAA